AAGUAAAGAAAAAAUUUAAUGAAAAAUAAAAAAAUUUUACACAAAAUACAAUUUUCGAAAAUUGUGUUCAACAGUGUUCUGCAAGAAACCGUGGCAUUUGCAGCGCCAGCAAAAUCACGCAUACGUGGAUUAGUGUUUUGCUGGGCAGUGACUAUGACCCCAACUUGAGUGGUGCUAAACAAAAAAAAAGCAUUCAUUCCAAAUAGAAAAUAAAAAUUAAAAACUAACAUUUAUUAAAGAAGAAGAAAAAACGCACACAAAAUGCCGAAAAUUUUUCUCAUCAAAAAUCGCCUGCAUCAGCAGCAACAGCGCCUAUUGGAAUCACAAAAUCUGCUACAGGACAAAAACGAAGAUGAUCGACUGGUGCCACCGUUGAGUCCAUCACCACCAGUAGGUGGCAAGCCGCAUACGCCAACAGCAGGCACACGCUCAUAUACACCAACACCCACACGGCAUUUCUAUAGCGGCCGUAGAACGCCAAACACAUUCGGUGCAGCGCCAACCACAUCGCCGUCACCAACAGCAGUUGUACCGACACCAGUACAGCCACCCAAAACGCCUGAGCCGCAAGGCUCCAGUGAUGCAGGGAGUGAUGCUGCGCCAACAAAGCAUGUGCCUCCAGCGACAAAAGCAACAUCGGAAGAUGUUGAGGAAUCUGGAGUAUUAAAUACAGAACCAGUGAAUCUGUUAUCUGUAACAGCAGCACCAACAACAACAACAACAGCAGAAAUAUCAGCUGCAACAGAAGGUGUUGGAAAUGCUCCAAAUACGCCACCACUUUCACGUAAGCGAUUCCAUCAUCGUCGCUAUUACUUUGGCCAACAGCAAUUACUACUGCAACAACAACAGCAGGAACAGCAACAGCAAGAACAGCAACAAGAGAAAAAAUUAUAUAAUGGCGAUAAUGAUGCCGACGCUGACGCUGCAGAAGUUGGUGGAACUGCAAUUGGACAAAACGAACGUUUAUCACCAGCAGUACCAAUUUCGGCAGCGGAAGCAGAAACCACAGAAGCUGCUACAUCUUCACUACCACACGCAUCUAUCACAACUACCCAACCACAAUCACCUCCUUACAAAACACUCUCGCCGUGCAUUGCAUCUGGCUUGGAUAGUGUUGUUCAAGAAACUGAAGACUGCAAAAAGGAUUCGCAAGGGGAUUCUUUAACUCAAUCACCAAAAACAGAACAAUUGAAAAGUUCAAAAUUGGGUGUUGAAAGUGUAGAAGAGGUUCAAGAUUUAACAAUCCACACAGGAAAGCCUCGUUUUUAUUCUUCGAUUUUAGGCGGUAAUAAGCCAUACAGUGGCGGUGUUGUAUUAACACAAGCUCAACGUAAAGAAUAUCCCGUAGAAGUAGUAAGUCGUCGGUUUUCAGACACUCCAAGUGAAGAUAGCAGCAGUGAUUCUGAUUCAGAUUCAGACGGUUCGAAACUAAUUGUUGAUGAAAAACCAUUGGUGCCUGAAGACAAACCACUUUCAUUGCGCCUGCGUAGCACGCCGCCACCUUUGGAGAAGCGUCCAAGUCCCCCUCCGCCACCAGAACCAGCAGUGAGGUGCAGUGUUAUUCAACGUACACCGAAACCAGCGCCAACAUUACCUCAACGACAAAAUCAACACGAGGUUUUACUGCCAGCUGGUACGCUUGAGCACUUGGGUCCCGAACAACAGGAACCUAUUGACUAUCACGUGCCUAAACGGCGUUCGGCCUCAUUCGAUAGUGACGAGGAACAAGCAGAUUCACUAAAUGCAAAGCGUUUAGAACGUGAACGUAAAUUACGUGAAGCUCGUCGCCGAAGCGCAAUUUUGGCAGCGCGAGCUGUGCUUGCACAAGCCCGUCUUAAUCCACGUUUAGUACGCAGUCUACCUGGCAUCUUAGCUGCAGCAGCGGGACACGGUCGUACAUCGUCAACAGGUGGACAGGGUUUCCAAGGUUCUAGUGGAUUCGGAAAUAACAGUUCAGGUAGUGGCAACAAUCAAAGCCCAAGCGGAGGUGCAGGUUCACCUACUGGCUUUGGCGGAGCCCUAGGUGGUAGCGGUGGUGCAGGUGGUGGUAUGGGAGGCGGUCGGGACGGUCGCAGUAACUACGGUCCAAAUUCCCCACCUUCAGGUGCUCUUCCUCCUUUCUACGAAAGUUUGAAAAGUGGCAACACCAUGAAUUCAUCGUCAUCAUCAUCAUCAAAUUUUAAUGGAAAUUCCAAUUUCCUUAUACAAAAUGCAGCAGCUGCGGCAUAUUUAAUGUCAGCUUCAGGUGGAAACAGUGUCAAUGGUCAGCAACAAUCGUCGAGCUACAUAGACUGCAGUCCAACGAAUGGAAGCGGUGUCGGUAAUGUGUGUAGUGGUGUGAAUGAUGGUAGUGGCGGUGGUUUGGAAAUUACAACAUUUGCUAAUGGCCAGGCUUACGGCAUCAUACUGAAGGACGAACCUGAUAUCGAAUAUGAUGAGGCCAAAAUCGACAUUGGUGCGUUCGCGCAAAACAUAAUCCAAGCGACAAUGGGGAAUUCGGGUAAUUUCAAUGCAGCGGCCUACGAAGAUGCGAUUAUGUCGGAUUUGGCUAAUUCACAAGGUCCCAACGGCUCUGUGGAUCCACUACAAUUCACUGCGACUCUCAUGCUCAGUUCGCAAACCGAUCAUCUAUUGGAACAGCUGUCUGAUGCGGUCGAUCUAAGCUCUUUCCUUCAACGUGAAUGUGUGGAUGACGAGAACUCGACUAGUCCCCGUCAAGACUUCGAACUCGUCUCCACACCGUCGCUAACCCCAGACUCAGUAUCCAUCACGCCAGUGGACAACACAAACUCAAGUCAUCUUGAUUCGUUUCACGAGAGUCUUAUACAGCAAAUAACUAACAACAUUUCACGCAAUCAUAUUGGUAGCAAUCAAAAUGGUAACAUGCCAACUUAUCCAUUCGAGCGCCAACCACAUACAAAUGGUAAUCAACAGCAUAUGAACAACGAAUCACUUAGUAUGAAUCAUCAGCAGCAGCAACAACAACAACAACCUCCACCGUCUUAUCAACAUGCGACACGUGAUUUAAUGCAAAUGCAGCAGCAACAACAACAACAGCAACAGCACUCCUACCAUCAGCAACAACAUCAAGCGAGUUCUAUGAUGCAACACGGCGGACCAAUGUUGCUGGCUCAACAACCGCAACAACAUACAUACCAACAGCAUGGCCACCCCUAUGGUUCAGCGCAGCAUCACCAUCAACAGCAGCCACAUCACAUACCGCCACAUCAUAUGCAACAUCAUCAUCAUCACAACAGUGAUAAUAGUAAUUUAUCACUACCCUCACCGAAUGCAGCGCAUAUAUCAGCAAACCACGGCAUGUCUUCGGCAGCGAGCAACUCUUCGGGCGCCUCAACUUCCGGCCUGCUCGACGCCAGCACAGCGUUGCUCGACACCAAACCCCUAAUACAAAGCGUAAGUCCCACACAUUCGACUGGCAGUUCCAAUGCAAGUUCUGGCGGUUUGGGUGGUAGAAAAUUGAGUACAAGUUCUUCUUGUGGUUCGACAUCGAUGGUGACGACAGCGUCAUUGCGUAGUGUUGCUGCCGCAGCGGCAGCAACAGCCGCUGGCAUAUUGCCACCAUCACCCACUGUCGCAAUGCUGCACGAAAGCAAAGUGCUACAGCAGAGGUUGGGCCUACCACCCGAAGUGCAACUGGAAUUUGUCAAUGGCGGUCAUGGUAUUAAAAAUCCGCUCGCCGUAGAGAAUACUCAUACCGGCCAUCAUCGCAUACGCAGUAUUGAUUGUGUGGAUGAUUUGAAGAAGAGUGGCAAUGUUAGUACUGAUGGCUCGGACAGUGGCGGUUGUGGUGCUGGUGAAGGUUCCAAGUUUGUUUGUCGCAUUUGCUUGAAGGCCUUCUCAUUGCAACGCCUUUUGAAUCGUCACAUGAAAUGUCAUUCGGAAAUCAAACGUUAUCUAUGCACAUUCUGUGGCAAAGGAUUCAAUGAUACUUUCGAUUUGAAACGUCAUACGCGUACACAUACCGGCGUACGACCGUAUAAGUGUAAUUUGUGCGAGAAGAGUUUCACACAGCGUUGUUCGUUGGAAUCUCAUUGCCUCAAAGUGCACAGUGUGCAGCAUCAAUAUGCGUAUAAAGAGCGACGCGCUAAGAUGUACGUUUGUGAGGAGUGCGGUCACACGACAUGUGAACCGGAAGUGCAUUACAUACACCUCAAGGAAAAUCAUCCGUAUUCACCUGCAUUGUUAAAAUUUUACGAUAAGCGUCAUUUUAAAUUUACCAAUUCACAAUUUGCCAACAAUUUGCUGGGUCAACUGCCAAUGCCUGUGCACAAUUAAAUAGGAUUUUUGUUGCUGGGCUUGCACAUAUUCGAACAGAAAUGAAAUCUGUUAGCAUUACUACCACUAAUGCAUAUCCAUCUUUAUAUACACGCAUACAUAUAUAAGUAUUUACAAAUGUAGUUAGUUCAAUUGACAUAUUUGAGUUUUCUAAAAACUGCCGAGAAAAGGAGAUUAUAUAUAUAUAUAUGUAUAUAUAUAUUUUGCGAAUCUUUUAACACUUUACGAUUAUUGAAAGCGUUUUCAGUUAAGUUUUGAUUAACCUUAUUUUUGGCAAAAUAUUUUGAUUGUGAAUUUGUUCUUUUAUAAUUACAUUUUUUUUACUACAAAACUUGUUUAUUAUCGCUGCAGGCUGGUGCCUAGUACGAAGUCUUUAGUUUAAUGUGUUUUAUUUAGUCACAGGAAUUUGUAUAUUAUUAUUUUAAAGCAUUUAAUUUCCCAUGGCCUGGCCUGCAGUAAACAAAUUGAUUAGCAGAGUUUUCAAAUAUUUAUUGAAACAUA